UAAAGCUUCCUCCUCAGAGCAGAACACACAGACUGAUCUCCAGCAUCGUCACGAUGGCUCUCAAACUCAUGUUCCUUCUUUCUGUGCUGCUAUUCGCAGCCCUGAUGCCUCCAACAGCCUUCACUUCAGAUGUUGAGUCACCCUAUAAAAUUUCACUGGUCGUAUACAACUCUCUUACCACCGCGAAAAACCUCACCUUCAGCACUGACAUCGCUUACAGAGGCAUCUUACUCGGAGCCAUGAGGAAAAUCGCUGCAAAAACCAAUGAUUUUAAAUUCACCAUCAAAGAUGAUCUGAACUACGGGCCUUUUCUCGUGAGUGUGAACGGCGUGGCUGGAGGUGAUCAAACGUACUGGGAGCUCCUGUCCAAGCGUGCGAAUGGCACCAUCAUCUGGCCUGACGUGGGUGUCGGAUGCUUCAUUCCCGACCCGGAUGAUACUGUGAUCCUGAAAUACACCACCUGGUGAUAGGAAAAGUCUGGUGAUGGUGUGAUACUUUACCGCACGCUCUGUGUUAAAC